AAAAAGUCAAAAAAUAUGUCAGAAGUUAAGAAAUUUUUCCACAAAAUAUUAUAAUGCAAUUAUAUUUAUAAAUCCUUCCGUACAAUAUAUGUAUCAAGAAAUUUACAGUAAUCGUACAGCGGUUAGUAUUUAUCCGCGAAGGCCGCAGAUCGCAGGCCUGGCCCAAAAGGAGCGCCGGCCGAUGCACGGCCCGGUUGACAUGACAAGAAUGUCAAUGUAAAAAAUAUCAACAACCGCGAUACAAUUUCUUGUUUACAAGUGAUUUCUAUAGUGUUAUUUAAGUAUUACUACUGACACCCGUUGCGACGAAUCUAGUUAGUGUGUCAGCCUAGGAAGUGGUGCUCUCUAAGUGCUUUAAGUGUAUAGCAUUUCUGCAAGGUAACGGCUGUUCCUUUGAACGAAUCUACUUCGCUGUUGGGAAACAUUCCACACAUUUAAGACUUUAAAAAUGUGUUGUAAAUAAUUCCUUUUCUUUUACUAUUUAGUGUUUAUCUGUAUACUCUUACUUAUUUGUAUUUUUACCUACAAUUUUCAAUGUCAGCUCAAAAUGCCCCACCUCAGAUCCCGCUCCUGGAAUGUCCCAUUUGCUGCGACCAUAAACGCUACAAAGGCCAACGUGGCCUUAAUAUUCACUGCGUUCGCGCUCACAGCCCCAGAAUCGAACCGCAACCACCCCCAACAACGACUAACAAUGUGGCAUUCAAUAGUAGCGUUAAUAUUAACCCGGUAACUACAUCCCUAGCUCAAUUACUAGCCCCCUUAAGAACGAAGCAAAAUUGACUAAACGUAUUCCUAAAGGCGCUCGUGCCCCGGUAGCACGAAGCAUGGCGGAGUGCAUAGCUAGAGUGGUAGCAGAAAACAGCAAUGUUUCUUGGGAACGUCUUUUAACAUUUGCUUAUCAAAAUUUACAUAUUCCACACAUUAAAUCAAACCGGAGUUUAACAUCAAUUAUCAAAAGUAAUGUAACUCACCCCUCUUUUCCCAUUCCUCAUCCCGCUAACAACCCAACAGACCAAACCCCCCGUGUAUCAUCAACCACGCUAAAGUACAAGUGCAAAUCAAUAGAAAAUAAAUUAUCAGAUGGCAACUUAAAGGGAGCAACUAGAUUGCUUUUUUCUAGCGAUACCUUGGCGACAUAUUCUCCUGCCGUGCUCAAUGCUCUGCAAGAGAAACAUCCCUGCGCUUCAAUGCCCUCGCCACAGCCCAACUCACCAGCUGCCACUUCCCAACCACUACAAGUAUCGAAAACUGCAAUUUUACAUGCGAUACUCUCCUUUCCAGCUGGGUCAGCAGGCGGACUAGACGGCAUCUCCCCACAACACCUAAAAGAUUUAACUAGCCCGCUUGCGGGAGAUGCCGGUGAGACUUUACUGGAGGAGCUAACCACACUAACAAAUCUAAUGCUUGCGGGAUGCCAGCAAGGAGACCCACUAGGGCCCGCAAUCUUCAGCCUAGCCAUUCAUCCCGUCAUCUCUCAGCUUACAUCCGAACUAAAUUUUUGGUAUUUAGACGACGGCACCAUCGGUGGAAGUAAGUCAUCUGUGUUAGCCGACUUAAAAACUUUAAUUGACCGCUUCGCAGAAAUUGGCCUUUCAAUAAAUUUUAAAAAGUGUGAAAUGUUUAUUUCAGAAGCCAUUCCACCCAAUACCCGUUCCACUUUAAUCAACGAGAUUAACCAGCUCACGCCAAAUAUUUCCAUUUUAUCCCGCGAAACUCUCACACUUUUAGGAGCCCCCAUUUUAGACGAAUCCAUCCCGCUAUCCAUAAAUUCAAAAAUAGAUCAAUUCUAUAAGUGUUCCAACCUAUUUUACGAAAUCAGCCCACACAUGGCCCUCUACAUUUUGCGACUGUGUCUAUUCUCUCCUAAAUUUUUGUACAUCCUUCGCUGCGCCCCACUUUGGAAAUUCCCCAUAAUGACUGCAAAAAUUGACCAAAUUUUAAGAGACACCGUUGGCAAAAUCCUAAAUGUUACUUUUACAUCCCCCAGUUGGACCCAAGCUACCCUCCCGAUCAAAUAUGGCGGUCUUGGUAUCCGUUUGACGGGCAGUUUAGCUCUCCCAGCCUUUCUGUCGUCUGCCUAUAGCACGAUCACCCUCAUUGGCGGUAUAUUACGUAUCCCUUCAACCGCUAAUGUGUCGGUGUCGUGCCUGGCGGACGCUGAAUCGGCAUGGAGAGCAGACCAUCCCGUCGAGCAGAUACCAGAGGAGAAAGCCAGCCAAGCAGCAUGGGACGCGAUAAGUAUAAAAAUGCACCACCAACUUCUACUACAAAACUGCCAUAACGACCACGAACGGGCGAGGCUAUUAGCCGUUUCCGAAAAGGAAUCCGGGCAUUGGCUGCACGCGCUUCCAUCGCGAAACCUUGGCUCCACUCUAGAGCCACCAGCCUUACGCAUCGCUGUUUGCCUCCGCCUGGGCCUAAAGGUAUGCGAGCCCCACGCUUGUAGUAGAUGCGCCCAGCCUGUGGACGCUCUAGGACGGCAUGGCUUACACUGCCAAAUGAGCGCAGGCCGACUAUACAGACACGCCACAUUAAACGACCUGAUCCGCCGCGCCCUUUGCACCGCCUCCCUACCUGCGACUUUGGAGCCGUCAGGCCUCUCUGCCACCGACGGCAAGAGACCUGAUGGCUGCACUCUUGUGCCUUGGAGCCUUGGCCGCCCUUUAGCGUGGGACGCUACCUGCGUCGAUACGCUAGCCCCGUCCCACGUUGAAGGAUCGGCUCGGAAGCCCGGGACUGCCGCGGACCAGGCCCAGACACUAAAGCGCCGCAAAUAUGCGUUCCUAACGGAUCAAUACGAAUUUGCGGCGCUUGCCAUAGAAACACUGGGCCCAUGGUCGAGCGACACAAAGCAAUUUAUGAAGGAAGUGUCGGUCCGACUAAUAGGUGUCUCGGGCGACCACAGGGCGGGCUCCUUCUUUGCCCAAAGAUUGAGCCUGGCGGUGCAAAGGGGCAAUGCUGCUAGCAUCCUAGGGAGUAUUCCAGAAGCGGGUAGCUUUGGGGAGGUAUUUUAUAUUUAGUAUUUAGUUUUUAUAAAUAUAUAUAAGUGUAAUAUAAAAAUAUUUUCUUAGUUUCAUGUUAACAUGUAAACAUUCUUACAAAUACUUAAAUAAAUGGUAUAUGCCACCUU